AUGGCUCAAUUACAAGUGACUGUUGUUGAAGGACGAAAUUUAAAAAAAAAAGAUUUCUUUAGUGAAAGUGAUCCUUUCGUUCGAAUUUAUCUGGAUGAUAAACAUCAAACACAAAAAACAAAAGUUAAAUCUAAUACAAAAAAUCCAUAUUGGAGUGAAAUUUUUGUUUUUAAUCAUUUGAAAGGACAAAAUUUUCUUCAUAUUGAUGUUUAUGAUAAAGAUUUAUUAUUUAAUGAUAAAAUUGGUUCAUUAAAAAUCAAUUUACAAGACUUAUACGAAAACAAACACAUCGACAAUUGGUAUAAUCUUCCAUCGAGAUUUGGUGUUUCAUCUAAUGGAGAAAUUCAUCUUAUACUAGAUUAUCAACCAUUACAAUUAUAA